UUCGCUUCGUUUCGGAACAUUAGACCGGCGUUUCAGUCUUGUGGUGAAGUUCUAGCGAGCAGCUUCAUUUCGUUGGUAACCUCUCGUCUGCCGUCUGCCGGUCCAAAAUGGCGAACCCGAAUCAGGAAAUCAAAUACACCAAACUUUUCAUCAACAACCAGUUCGUGGAUGCCAAGAGUGGCAAAAAGUUCGCCACCCUCAACCCGGCCACCGAGAAGCCCAUCGUCGAGGUCGCCGAGGGCGAUAAGGAGGAUGUGGAGGUGGCUGUCCGUGCGGCCAAGGCGGCCUUCGCUCGCAGCGCCCCCUGGCGCCAGAUGGACGCUUCGGGCCGCGGUCGACUCCUGAAUCGGCUGGCCGAUCUGAUGCUGCGCGAUAUCGACACGCUCGCCAACCUGGAGUCGCUGGACAACGGCAAGACGUUCGGGGACUCGGUGUUCGAUAUCAACUGCGCGAUCGACACGUUCCGCUACUAUGCCGGUUGGGCGGACAAGAUCCACGGCGCGACCGUACCCUCAGACGGGCCCGUCCUCAGCUACAUCCGCAAGGAACCGGUCGGUGUGGUCGGACAGAUUAUUCCCUGGAACUACCCGAUCCUGAUGCUGACGUGGAAGUGGGCCCCAGCGCUAGCUGCCGGCUGCACACUGGUGCUGAAACCGGCUGAGCAGACGCCACUGAGUGCGCUGCAUAUGGCGGCGUUGUCGCAGGAGGCCGGCUUCCCGGAUGGGGUGAUCAAUGUCGUGAACGGAUUCGGCCCGACGGUCGGUGCCGCCAUUGUUGCUCAUCCGGAGAUCCGCAAGGUGGCCUUCACCGGAUCGGUCGAGACGGGACGCAUCAUCCUGAACGGUGCAUCCACAUCGAACCUGAAGAAGGUCUCGCUCGAGCUCGGCGGAAAGAGCCCAUUGGUCAUCUUCAACGAUGCCGACCUCGAUGAAGCCGUCGAGAUUGCACACAACGCCAUCUUCGCCAACCACGGCCAGAACUGCUGCGCCGGAAGCCGCACGUUCGUCCAGGAGGGCAUCUACGACGCGUUCGUCGCCAAGGCGGCCGAGAUGGCGCGCAACCGGAAGGUGGGCGAUGCGUUCCAGGACGGCAUCCAGCAGGGUCCGCAGGUGGACGACGAGCAGUUCCGCAAGGUGCUCGGAUACAUUGAGUCGGGCAAGCAGGAGGGCGCUAAGCUGCAGGCGGGCGGUAAGCGUUCCGGCACCGUCGGCUACUUCGUCGAGCCGACCGUCUUCUCGGAGGUCACCGAUGGCAUGAAGAUUGCGCGCGAGGAAAUCUUUGGCCCGGUGCAGAGCAUCCUGAAAUUCGCCACCCUCGACGAGGUGAUCGAGCGGGCCAACAGCACCGAGUACGGGCUGGCGGCCGGCGUCGUUACCAAGGACAUCAACACGGCCAUCACCUUCACGAACGCGGUCGAAGCUGGUUCCGUUUGGGUCAACUGCUACGACUACGUCGUGCCGACGACUCCCUUCGGUGGCUACAAGCAGUCCGGAAGUGGCCGCGAGCUCGGUUACAGCGGCAUCGAACUGUACCUGGAGACGAAGUCCGUCACGAUCAAGCUGCCCGCCAAGGUGUGAAAAACUGCUCCAAAGGUGCGGCUCCGGCGUCGUGAGUGCAAUAAAGAACCCGAAACGACUGGGCUGGCAUAUCCCUGUCGUUCGAACACAAUCACAUACUGUAGAAGUCUAAAAAACAACAAAAUCAAGACGAAGAAUAUACGGUCCAUCAAUCUCUUAA